AUGUCGGAGCGGGGGUUGUGGGAGGAGGCGGAGGUGGAGGAGAUGGGACAUCAAUCGGUAGAACUUCGGGCGGCGGCGUGGCUGGAAUCGUUGGAGCUGGGGUCGUGGGAGGUGGAGGUGGAGGAGAUGGAAUAUCGAUUGGUAAAACUUCGGGCGGCGGCGUGGCUGGAAUCGUUGGAGCUGGGGCCGUGGGAGGAGGAGGUGAUGGAUCAGGGGCUGGGGCAGGAACCGGAACAAUGGCUGGAGCAGGGGCUGGGGCAGGAACCGGAACAAUGGCUGGAGCAGGGGCGGGAGGGCAGAGACCUGGCGAGGACUGCUCGCAGCGGGACGUGGAUGAUCGAUCAACACCUAGCACCGGUGGGGAGAGCGGGGAAGAUCGGGGGGCACCUGCUACGCCCAUCGAAGCGCAGGAAGCUGCUCCUCUCCCAGAUUCGGGUGACUUCGACAGACAUCGACAGGAAUGACUUUAGACAGCAGCUGGAGCUGGGCAGAGAAGAGAGCCGGAAGGACGUGAGCCAUAAGUGCCUGGAGUUUGGGGGCCUGCGGGUGCGAAUUGAUCGGCUCUACACGCUGGCAACCCCGCCCGACUUGGACGUGGUUCGCGCGCUCAUGACGUCUGACCAGAGUUGUCACCCGGGGCCUGGGCUUUCUUUAGAUUAUGAGCAGAGCAUACAAAUGUACCUUGCGCGCCCCAACCUCGAGGGCGGCCCGCUCGACUCAGAGUCAGAGCUGAUCGCCGUCAUGCGAAACGUUUCCAUACGGCUCACUCUCGUGUGCUACGGGUGCGCAACAUGUAGAGAGGAUUCGUACUGGGCGGAAGUCGCGGUGGAAUUGUUCUUCAGGCCCGAAGUCUGUGGGAUGUGCUUUAAGGAGGAGUUUGAAAAUGCCAUCCUAGUCGAUUCGGAGCUUGACGCAUCGAUCACCAGGAUCAAUUCAUUCGGGAGGACCGGAGGACAGCUCGAAUCCCUCGUAUACAACGACGAGGAUGGAGAGGGAGUAACAUGGUUUCAUCCGAUUAUCAAGGGCAUCACCGACGACUACUAUCCAGCUGGCGGGCUCUUCAAUGAAGCGCUCAAGAACGGAGGUGUCCUCCAGAGGCUGGAAGUGUUUGUGGGUGGCGCAAAGGUGCCAGUAGCGACACUGCAUGGAAAUGCGGUGGCUCAAGGGUCGAGAGCAGGGAAUCUGUGGGCCAACAACGUAGGGGAGGCUUUCUUCUGGUCGUCCGUAGAUGUCGACGGAGAGCUAAUCCGCGUACAGUUUGGAUUCUGUAAUCGUAGCGAUAUAGACAGCACCCAUAUCCCGUCGAUGAGAUUCUUAAAGUUUAUUAGGCAGAACAUGGGUCCGUGA